AUGUGGAAUCUUACGACAAAGAAUGUUUUACAUGCAAAACGUGUCGCUGAAAGAAAGCUUCGAGAAUCAAUGGAAAAAUAUGACGUGGAAGUUACACGUUCCACUGAACAAACAAACAAUAUGGAAAUACUAAAAUCCACAGUUCAGCAACUGAAAUUGAAAUUGGAAGAGAAAGAGCGAUUAUGUAAUGAUUCUAAAAGACGUUUAACGAUACAUAGCAGAGCAACAUCUUUGGCUUAUCGACAAAUUCAAGAGACGAACAAUAGAGCUGUUAAACUUCUCAAGGAAAGUGAGAAAUUACAUUCACAAUUUGUAGACGUGCAUUCUGAGCUGAUCAACACUCAAGAAGUUCAUAAUAUAAUUGAAGCAGAAAUGAAUCAAGUUAAAUGGCAAAAUACAAAACAUUGCGAGGAGUUACAAAAGACAAAAGAAUUAAUUGAGAUUGAAAUAGCAUCAUUAAUUGAAAUUGCUGAACAAAAUCGUAUUUCUCUUGCACAAAAAAGAGACACGAUUGAUAUGCUAAUUUGUGGAAAUUUUGGAAGAAAAAAAAGAAAUCGAAGAGCAAAAAUAGCGAAGAAAGAUUUAGAGGAAGCAUUUGAUAGCAAUAAAGCAGUUCUUCUUUCACAACAUCAAUCAUUGGAAGUGUGUGAAACAAAUUGGAAAAUUCAAAAACAAAAAAUUAGUCUAAUAAAGUUACAGCAACAUGGAAUGGUUGCAAAUCAAACAGCGCUACUAAAAAAGCAAACUCAAAAACUGGAAAAAGUUGUUCGCCAUUCUAUCGAUCGUGUUGUGGAAUUUCGUAAUAAGAUUCAGAUCAGCAAUCAGAAUACACUUCAUGAGAACAUUCUCGGUAAACAAAUACAUAAUUCCGCAUUUCUGAUUGCGCCUUCAAAUGAUAGUCAAAUUAAUGAUGCUGAAUUGCCGGGAUCUUCAAAUCAGUGUGAUAAUCAGCAGACUAUUCCGUUAGAUUGUGGUGAUAGUGAUGCUGAUGAGAAGUUUCCAGUUAGUGAAUCAUUUAAGCAACAGAAGAUUAGAUUAGCUGGAACAAAUGGAAAAGCAGUUAUUUUUCGUGUUUGUCGUUUUCUAAAAUUGCUUUUCUUAUGUAAGUAG